GAAUCAGAUCAGAGGGUUUUCCACCCCUUUUUUCCUUACCACCACCGUCUCGAAAAGAUUUUCAGCUCAGUGGUCUUUUAAGUGCCCUCGUGUCACAAAACAUCCAUGCUUUCUCCGGGCUUAAGCAGCGAGCUCUACUACGACUAUGCCAACAGAGCGGCUGUUUUAUCGAUAUUUAAAGUGAAGAAAAUGGAACUCAUCUUUUUAAUAUCUCGAAGCUUUUGCAUGUUUAAUUGAAAUUCUCAAAGGCCAUCCAUUUGAAAUAUUAUAAUUAAUUUUUUGAAAGUUGACAUCAUGGCAGAAGAAAAGCUUUCUCCAGUGGCCAAAUUUUAUGGAGAUAGAAGCAUUCUUAUUACAGGUGCUACAGGGUUUAUGGGAAAGGUUCUUGUAGAGAAAUUGCUCAGAUCUUGUAGUUCAAUUAAAACAAUAUACCUCCUUCUUAGACCUAAAGAUGGCCAAGAACCUAAACAACGUUUAGAUGAACUCUUGAAAGCUAAGAUAUUUGAAAGAGUGAAAAAUGAACAACCAAGUACAAUUUCAAAAUUAGUUGCCAUUCAUGGAGAUUUAACGCUACCUGGUCUUGGAAUUAGUCCGUCUGAUGUAAAUUUACUUGUUUCUAAUGUCUCCAUCGUCUUUCAUUCUGCUGCUACAGUUAAAUUUGAUGAACCUCUAAAACGUUCAGUUGACAUGAAUGUUUUGGGUACCCGAAGGUUAGUUGAACUGUGCCACAAGAUGACUCACUUAGAGGCAUUAAUACAUGUAUCAACUGCAUAUUGCAACUGUGACCGGGAGCAAGUUGAUGAAGUGGUAUAUCCACCACCAGUUCCUCCCCAAAAGAUUGUUGAUACUAUUGAAUGGAUGGAUGAAGAUUUGGUGGGAGUUUUAACACCUCAUUUGAUAAGGGGCAGACCUAAUACUUAUACAUACACAAAAGCAUUAGCAGAAACUCUAUUGGUUGAAGAGAGUGGGGCACUUCCUGUAGCUAUUGUUCGGCCAUCAAUUGUAACUGCUGCGUGGAAGGAACCCUAUCCGGGUUGGGUUGACAAUUUUAAUGGACCAACUGGUUUGAUAGUUGCUACUAGUAAAGGCAUUUUACGUUCCAUGCAUUGUAAAUCAUCAAGUAUAGCAGAUCUUAUUCCUGUAGAUGUGGUAAUCAAUCUAGUCAUUACUGUUGCUUGGUACACUGCAAGUCAUAGGCCAAAUAGUAUCUUGGUUUAUAACUGCUCCUCUGGUAGCAUCAACAAAGUAACAUGGGGAGCUGUUGAACAGUUAGCCAUUCCAUUAAUAUUGCGGCAUCCAAGCCAUGAGAUAUUCCGAUACCCUAAUGGUAGUUUUACAAAUAGCAAAAUCUGGAAUUAUCUAUCUGUGAUGCUGUAUCAUCAUAUUCCUGCAUAUUUUAUUGACUUAGUUGCUGUUCUUACUGGUCAUAAACCAAAGUAUGUGUUUUUGUUUCUUUUUCUUUUCAUGUUACAGCCUAUAAAAGUGUACAUGUGUGCAAAUUUGUGCAUAUUUUUUGUUCCAGUUACAUAAUAAUGAAAACUAUAUGUGUAGGCAUUAUUAUUAUUAUUUGAAUCUUUUAAAAUUAGACCAAAAAUUAUGGCAGUUAGUCAGUUUGCUGUCAAAUCUUGAAUUUUAAGCAUGCAUUCAUGGCAGACUUUCAGGUUACUUUUUGAAUUUUCUCUCUUUACUACAU